AUGGGCUCUGUGCUGAGCAGCGAUAAUGGCAAAUCCGCGCCCAGCUCCGCCAUCCCGCGGGGCCUGGAGCGCAAGGGGAACCCCGAGCUACCAGUCACGUCUUUCGACUGCUCUGUGUGCCUCGAGGUGCUACACCAGCCUGUGCGGACCCGCUGUGGCCACGUAUUCUGCCGUUCCUGUAUUGCUACCAGUCUAAAGAACAAUAAAUGGACCUGUCCUUAUUGCCGGGCCUAUCUUUCUUCAGAAGGUGUUCCAGCAACUGAUGUAGCCAAAAGAAUGAAGUCAGAAUACCAGAAAUGCACUGAGUGUAACACCCUGGUUUGCCUCAGCGAAAUGAGGACUCACAUAAGGACUUGUCAAAAAUAUAUAGAUAAGUAUGGACCACUACAAGAACUUGGGGAGACAAGGUGUGUGUGUCCAUUUUGUGAGAGGGACUUGGAUGAAGACAGCUUGCUGGAUCACUGUAUUACUCAUCACAGAUCGGAAAGGAGACCUGUGUUCUGUCCACUUUGCCGUUUAAUACCUAAUGAGAAUACAAGCAUCUUCAAUGGCAGUUUAAUAAGACAUUUGCAAGUCCGUCAUACUUUAUUUUAUGAUGAUUUCAUAGAUUUUAACAUAAUUGAGGAAGCUCUUGUCCGAAGAGUCCUAGACCGAUCACUUCUUGAAUAUGUGAAUCACUCAAACACCACAUAA